AAGACUACAGGGCCAGAAGAUAGAAGGAAGCAACAGAAUUAGAUGUUUGAAAAGACUACAGGGUCAGAAGAUAGAAGGAGGCAACAGAAUUAGAUGUUUCAACAGGCUAUAAAACCAGAAGAUAGAGGGCAGCAACAGAAUUAGAUGCUUGAACAGACAACAGAACCAAAAAAUAGAAGGAAGCAACAGAAUUAGAUGUUGAAAAGACUACAGGGUCAGAAGAUAGAAGGAGGCAACAGAAUUAGAUGACAGAAGAGACUACAGAACCAGAUAGAAAGAGACAAAAGAAUUAGACGAUUGAAAGAAACUGCAGGAAUAGACUACACAUUUCAGGCUUGGUGUUGGGACAGACGACUGAAGGAGACGGAAGAAUCAGACGAUUAAAGGAGAUAGUAAAUAAAUUAGAAAAUUAUUAAUAAAUAUCACUUAUAAAGCGCAUUUCCUCACUAAAAAGCAAGCUUUAAUGCGCUGUAAGAUCUAGUAUCUAUACUAUUAUGACAGCAGAUCCUUGAAGAAUCAGAAGAAUUCUCGGCUUCUCCUGAAGUAUAUCGUGCAAGUAGCCUAUUAAGCGCACAAACACUAACAAACUGACACGAUCUGCGGAAUCAGAAGACUGAAGGAGACAUCACAGAAUCAGACGAGGACAACCACCAAGAGACCAGUCUACGCCUUCUCCCUACCCUCCCUCCCUCCCUCCCUCCCUCUCUCAUCGGUGUUGACAUAGACACACGGACAUUCUCCCGUGGACUAGGAUUUCAAGAACUCUUGUCAAAACAUUCGUCCAGACUGAGAGAUGGCCAGAAGAACAAAAACCUCCCUAUUCUUCCUCCUCCUCCUCGUUCUCCUCAACGUCUGGGGCUCCGUCAGCCUGGAGGGGACGUCUUCCAGUAGCCAAGACGACGACGACAACGACAGCAAUGGCAGCGAUUUGAAGUCGUCCAGUAGCCAUGACAGCGAUUGGAAGUCGUCCAGUAGCGAAGACAGCGAUUGGAAGUCGUCCAGUAGCCGCGACGACAGCUCUGACAGCUCUGACAGCUCUGACAGCUCUGACAGCUCUGACAGCUCUGACAGCUCUGACAGCUCUGACAGCUCUGACGAUGAUGACAGAUUCGACUGGAGCCAAAAGUGGCCGCGAGGCAGGGUCAUGUACGAGUGGGUCACCGUGGACUUCGAUUGGCCCUCCGAGGCGGUCAAGGCCGAGUACGUCAGCACGGGGAAAUAUGUGCCGGAGUACAACUUCCUGUCAGGCGUGAAGCUGUACAAUGCGCCAUGAGCAUGGAGGUCGACCCAGCCACCGGACUCAUGUACGUCAUCGACGCGGGUCGGGCCGGGAUCUUCGCGCCACCUGGUGAACACCACGGCGGGAACGUCACUGUGUGUCCGGCCAAACUUGUCGUCUACGACCUCAAUGACGGCAGUCUCGUUCGGAGCCACGAGUUCCCGGAAGACGUGGUUGCCAAGGAAACCAACUUCCUCAACGACAUCGUCCUUGACCGAGUGAGCCCCUUCUUCCGGCGCUACGUCCGCUACGUGUACAUUACAGACGCCACCGACUCCAAGCUCUACUCCUUCGACCUCUACACCAACAUCACCCGCUCCUUCUACCAUAAGUCCUUCGAUGCCGACCCCGGAGUGGGCUCCAACAUCACCGUGUCUAACGUGACCUACAAAAUGGUCACGCCCAUCGACGGCCUAGCCAUCUCCGGGGAUUUCCGCUACGUGUAUUACUGCGCGUUGGGCAGCAAAGAUCUGUACCAAGUCGACGCUAGGGCGCUGAGAGCGAGCGGGCGAGUGGAUUUCGCGUCGUCUGUGAGGCUGGUUGGCGCGAAAGUCUCCCAGACGGGCGGAAUGACGUACGGGAAGAGGAGCCUCUACUACGGCGCGCUCACCAAAGACGCGGUGUACAAGUGGGACGUGAGGCGACAGGCUCGUGAGCAGGGCGUGGACGUGGGGCACGUGAAGAUGAUGGCGCAGGACGAAAUAGCGCAGAACCACCAGCGCCUUGUGUGGCCGGACUCUUUCACCAUCGACACGGACGGAUACCUGUGGUUCUCCGCCGACAACGCCCACCUCUUCCUACGUGGGGGAUUGGACUUUUCCGGCAAAAGUGGCGCCAACUUCAGAAUCUGGAAGGUCAGGGUGUUCGAUAGGAGCUAUUUGGACCCCAGGUCCUUACUUCUACCGAUUAUCGGGUAACCCAGUACUGAGAACUGAGAAAUACAGGGGGGAGGAGGGGGAGAGAUGGGGGGGGAGAGGGAGAGAGAGGGAGUGAGAGGGAGAGAGAGGAGGGAGAGGGAGAGAGAGGAAAA